AUGAAGUUUGUUGCAUUAGUUUCAGGUGGUAAAGAUUCAUUUUAUAAUAUUCAUAACUGUUUAUCAUUAGGUCAUGAAUUAAUUGCUUUUGGAAAUUUAUAUCCUUUAGAUUCAAAUAAAGAUGAAAUUGAUUCAUUUAUGUUUCAAACUGUUGGUCAUGAUAUAAUUGAUUAUUAUAGUAAAUGUCUUGAAGUUCCAUUGUACAGACGAGCAAUUCAUGCCAAAUCAUCAAUCAAUCAAAAUUUAGAGUAUGAAGUGACGGAGAAUGACGAGAUUGAAGAUUUAUAUAAAUUAAUUCACGAAAUCAAAUUAGCACAUCCAGAUGUUCAAGGUGUCAGCUGUGGUGCUAUAUUGUCACAUUAUCAAAGAACUAGAGUUGAAAAUGUAUGUGAUAGAUUAGGAUUAACUUCACUGACUUAUUUGUGGCAAAGAAAUCAAUAUGAUUUAAUGAAUGAAAUGUGUUUAUCGGGAUUAGAUGCAAGAAUUAUAAAAGUUGCAGCUAUAGGACUUGGUGCAAAACAUUUAGGUAAGUCUAUUCAAGAAUUAUUUCCAACAUUAGUUAAAUUAAACCAAAUGUAUGAUGUUCAUAUUUGUGGUGAAGGUGGAGAAUUUGAAACGAUAGUAUUAAAUUGCAAAUUUUUCAAAAGAAAGAAAUUGCAAGUACAGAAACAAGAAGUAGUAGAUCAUUCAAAUGAUAAUGUAUGUUAUUUGAAAAUGCAAGUUGAAUUAGUAGAUAAAGAACCUGAAGAAUUUGCAAAAAUAGAGCCUCCAGCAUUACUUGAAGAUGAAUUUGAAGAAUUACUACACAUUCAAACACAAUCAACAGAUAUCAAAGGCGCACAAUCUAUCAAACCGAUCACUCCGAAGGCUAAUAUAGUCUCAACAUCCACAAAACUAUACAUUUCAAAUCUUACAUCAACUAAAGAAUCAAUAGAAGAUCAAGUAAAGGACAUAUUCACGAUCUUAAAAGCUCAUUUAAAUCAAUAUAAUCUUACAAAUAAUGACAUACAACACAUAACUUUACUAGUCAAGGAUAUGGACGACUUCACCGCUAUAAACAAAACGUAUUCGUCACAAUUUCAAAAUAUCUAUCUACCCCCAUCUAGAAUUUGUGUAGAAACAAACAUUAAUACAAACAUACAAGCAUCAUUCAUAGUUCUCAGGAAUAUACAACCAAAAAAUGGUAUUCAUAUUAGGUCAAGAUCAUAUUGGGGUCCACAGAAUAUAGGUCCCUAUUCUCAAAGCAUAAUAGACAAGCAAGAAUCAUAUAAAUUAGCAAGUCUAUCGGGUCAAAUCCCAUUAAUUCCAUCUACAAUGGAACUAUCUACUGAGUCGUCAUUGUAUAAUUCAGUGUUAUCAUUGCAACAUUUACAUAGAGUCAAGAAUUUAGUUGGUGUUAAAAAUUUUGCACUGGUUAUAUGUUUUAUUACAGGUUACAAUGAUUUGGGUACCGUCAGCUCAGUAUGGAAUGAUUAUAUUAGUGAUGUGGAUUCAAGUUCAUCACCUCCAUUAACUGUAGUUAAAGUUUCAAAUUUACCUAGAAAUGCUAAUGUUGAAUGGGGUGGAUUCAGUUAUGAGAAUAUAAUAGACAUGUACGAAGAUGAAGAAGAUGAAGUCGAUUUUGAUGACAGUAGAUAUGCCAAAUUUGAUGAUGUUUCAAGAUGCAGUAUUGGUAAAGGUAAACUUCAAAUCAUUCAUUUGUUCACAUCAGAUUCAAAUUUAAUCAAAGAGCUUGAAACUGACCAAUAUGCUCAAUUGAUAUGUAAUCCAAAUGAUUUUAUUCCGAUCAAUGCAGAUUACUUAUCUGUUGAAUCUGUGUUUAAUAAAGAUGGGAAACAAUUCAAAUAUUGCCUAAUUUUAAAAUUAGAAACUUAA